AUGCUAAUCGAUAUACGAUUAGCACCGUACUCGGACCUGCGAUUUACGGAAAAGGAGCUGUUGAUGCAGAGAAAAGAAAAGAUAAUCUGUGCUGCGGACUUACAGAAGACCGCAGCCACCCACGAAGCGGCCAUAAAAGAAGUAAGCACUAGCUCAACGCCAACCGUCAUCGUCAUCAACAAACCAUCAGCAAGCCACCAGUCGUCAUCAACGCAUCUGAACCAAGCCGAACUCUCAAGCCACCAUCAGCAAUUCACUAUCAAGAAGUCACUAUCAAGUCAACGUCAACGCACCAUCCAAGCCACUCCGCAAACACCGCAACAGUCGAGCCGCGAUCAUCAGAACUCAUCAACUGAACUAGCAGCAGCCAUGAUCAGACUUCUCGCAUCGUUUUACUUAACCCAACGGAUCUCUUUAAAGCCUCAAAACAGACUUUGGGAGGUCCAACUAAAGGCUCUACGUCUGAAAUUUUCCCGAAAGAGGCUCCGCCGACUUCAACAUCGGAUCCCUGUCCACCUUCAACUACCUUAG